CGUGUAACGCAGCUGCAUAUGUAGUUGAUAUCUAGUACCCCGCCUUUGAUGAUGCUCAAUGACACAAAUUCGUGGACUCAACCCUUGCUUCAAUCCCAACGAGGACAGAACAGCAGAGUACCAGAACAAGCGAGUUGGAUAUCCUCCUCGGCUCAUUACUUACCUGUCUGCUCGAACCUCGUUCAUCAAGCUUCCCUUCUGUCACCACACACCUACCAGCUUGACUCUAAACCAAUAUACAAGAACAGAACCAAAACGAACCGAAACCAACCAUGGGCGACGCUUCCCAACCUCGAACCAUCCACGGCCCUCCUCGCCUCCUCGACAUCCAAACCACCGUCCCCGACCCGCGAAUCCUCUUCAUGAAAAACGUCUCCAUCCCUCUCAAAUCCUCCCCGUUUCCCAUCCGCGCCAACAUCUACCUCCCGAAGCCAUGUGCCUCCUCGCCCGGCCUCGAUGUCAACGAACCCCAACCCGAGGUCCAAUCCAAGAAAUACCCAGUCAUAGUAACCUACGGCCCCUAUGGGAAGGACAUCCCUUACUCUUCAUUCCACCCAGGCUCCUUCGCCGAGGUCAACGCCGAGCAGCGGUCCGAGUUCUCCGCCUGGGAGACGCCCGAUCCGGUGUACUGGUGCAAGCAAGGGUAUGCGGUGGUGCGAGCGGACGAGCGCGGGACGGGACAGAGCCCGGGACUGCUGGAUACGAUGAGUAAGGAUACGAGCGAUGCUUUUUGUCAAGUGAUUGAGUGGUGUGCGGAGCAGGAGUGGUCGAAUGGGAAGGUGGGCUUAUUGGGGGUUUCUUAUUAUGCUGGUUCUCAAUGGCGAGUCGCUGCUCGUCGACCAAAGGGCUUAGCGGCCAUCAUCCCUUGGGAAGGCAUGUCUGACUACUACCGCGAUCGGUGUCGACAUGGCGGAAUCCUCUCCAACAACUUCAUCGAUAUCUGGUGGAACCGGCAGGUGCUGGUUAAUCAGUAUGGUCUGCCCGGCCGCUCCGAACUGAAGUUCCCACCAGACGGACCCAGCGCUAGGGGACAGGAAGACACGAUCGAAGGUGACCUAUCCGAGGAACAGUUGGUAUCAAACAGAAACGAUCAGACCAAAGACAACGAGGCGCAUCGGUUUCGCGACGAAGACUAUUAUGCCAGUAAGGAGUAUCGACUUGAGGACAUCGAGGUUCCUGUGCUGAGCGUGGCGAACUGGGGCGGUAUCACGCUCCAUCUGCGCGGUAACGUGCUGGGUUAUACGUAUGCCGGAUCAAGAUUCAAGUAUCUGCGUUUCAUCACUGGUCGACACGAUCUUCCGUUCUACUACAAGGAGCAUGUUGAACUUCAAAAGAGCUUCCUUGACGCCUUUCUCAAGGGAGAAGAUAAGGUCGGCUGGAGUAUCCCUGACAAAGUCUCUCCCAUCGAGGUAACGCUGCGCAAAGGUAAUGUUGGCUUCAACGACGCAGAGAAGGAGAAAGCGUACAAGAGACGGAAUGAGGGCCAAUGGCCGCUUUAUUCAACAGAGUAUACAGACUUCUACCUUGGAUCUGAUCACACUCUCUCCCGGAACAGGCCAGACCCAACCAUGCCAGCGCAAAUCGGAUACAAAGCUCUUGAAAGCCUGGACAAGCCUGAGUUGGUCCAAUUCGUCACAGCACCCUUCGAGAAAGAGACCGAGAUAACCGGCCAUAUCGUGGCACACUUGAAUGUCUCGGUGACGCCUGAGAACACGCAAAACGAGGCAGACAUUGACCUCUUCCUGACCAUUCGCCAUAUCGACCGUUCGGGGAACGAAGUGUUCUACACCGGAACAGCGGGUGACCCCGUUCCUGUCUGCAAAGGCUGGCUCCGAGUGAGCAACCGAAAGGUCCACGAGGAAAAUCCCAGGCACAAGCCAUGGCUCCCUUUUAGAGAGUACUUCUCGACCGAUGUUCUUCCCGUGAAGGCUGGAGAGGUGUACGGCGUUGACGUUGAGCUCUGGCCAACCAACGUAGUGGUGGGCGUAGGUGGUGGGAUUUUGCUCGAGGUUUCCAGUGGUGACACGCAGGGCGCUGGGAUCUUCCAGCAUAACUCCGAGACAGACAGGUGAGUUCCCUUUCAACGGUCACAUCCUGUGUUUGAACGUAGCGUACUAAUUCUGCUCAAGACCCGCUUCAAAAUUUGCUGGCCAGAAUCAUAUCCAUUUCGGAGAAGGCUUUGACAACUAUGUCACACUGCCCAUAAUCCCGGAACACAUCUAGGCGGUGCAACGUCGACCUCAGGCAGUUUUUCAACAGCGAGAAAUGGUGUUGUAUUCCAGAGACGGGGUAUCGUAUGUCGUGUGAUAUCCUCCACACAAGUGCUUGCUUUGCUAGUGUUGCCCAAAGAACAAUAAACUCCGAGUGUUGUCCGC